UAUCAGAAGAAUGACUCUUGAAGAUAAACUGGACAGUAUGAAGGUAGAGAACGAGCUGGAUGGUUCUGAUGAAGAGUUUAAUGAUUUUGAGGAAGAUGGGUUUGACUCUACAUUGGACUCCUCAACAAGCUAUGUCGCACAGGAAGAAUUGUAUGAAAAUUUGCCGAAUGUAAGGAAAACCAGUUUAACAUCAACAACUUCACAUGCUGGGACAGAGGAAUUGUGUGUCUUGCUUUUGGGAGCAAGAGGGUCUGGAAAAAGCUCCACUGGAAACACAAUCCUCGGAUGCCACAUCUUUAAGACGGACAUGCAGCUCAGUAGAGUCACACAGAUCUGUGAAAGGGCAUCUGGGAUCAUUCACGGCCAAAAUGUUGCCAUCAUCGACACUCCAGGUCUUAACAGAAUAGGGAGCAUGGAACGAGAAGUGACCAGAGAGAUCCUAAAGUCCAUCUCCCUUUAUACUCCAGGACCGCAUGUUUUUCUGCUUGUUAUGCCUGUAGGAAACUUAACUAAUGAUGAUAAGAGCAUGCACAAGUUGAUGGAGAACAUGUUUGGCAAGAGCAUAUGGAAGUAUACAAUUAUUGUGUUUACACAUGGAGAUCGGCUAGGGGACAAAACGGCUAAUGAUGUCAUUACAUGCUCUGACAAGGGGCUUCGCGAUUUCAUCCGGAAGUGCAGUGGUGGAUUUGUGUUCUUCAAUAACAAGGACAUGGACAACUACACGUAUGUGACUGAACUUUUAAGGAAAAUUGAUACACUUCUGGCUAUAAAUGGAAAGGGAUGCUACACAACGUCUUUUUAUCCGUCUGCAGAGAGGAAGAUAAGAAAGAACAUGGAGAAAAUUUUAGUUAAGCGAAAACAUGAGAUUGCACAAAAGGAGGAAAAGCUGGGGACAUCCUGCCAAACUGAGCUUGAGAUUGAAAGAGAGAGACGAGAAAUUUGGAGAACUGAAGAAGAGGAAGCAAGAAAACGGGCUGAGAAACCAUCCAAAAGAAUGUCUAAACUAAAUGCGUUUAACAGAAAGACAUCGACCUGACGUUGCUAGUUAAACAAAUACAGUUAAAACCCUUCUUUGUCUGUUUACUUUAAAUGAAUGCCUUUUCUGUAAUUGUCUGCCAAAUCGUGUGUAUUAUUCUACACAAACAUACUGUAAGGGGGCUAUUUUGUCACAAAUUGACAAACAGACCAUCUCAGGACUAUAGAAUAAUGACUGAAAUGUCCAAGCCGGGCAAUUUUUCAUAUUUUUUUUUACUAUUAAACACAAUUUGUAGUAGAACAAAGACAUAUAUUUUUAAAUGAAAGUUAAUGUAACCUAACAUUAUAAUUAAUGAUUAAGGAAUAUUAUUGUUUUAGUUAAAUAAAACCAGUUUUCUUUUAGUUUUUUUUUUAAUGUUUGUUUGCAAAUGUAAAUGUAUUGCGUUAUUAUAUUUUAUGAAGCAACAGCCUUUUCAAUUGCUGUAAGUACAGAUAACUCAUCAAAACAUCAUAUUUGAAGUGAUAUGAGGGCCUAUCACAAUUUUGAUCUGCACUUCAUUAUAAAAAAAUAAAAUGUACAGAUAAAAAAUGGUAAG